AUGAAAGCAUCAAAUACCUCUGAAUUGUUAACUAAAUAUCAAGCACAAAAUUCAGAAAUUAUCAAAUACAAUAUAAGGCUAAACGAAAAAAUAAACCAUUUAGAAAAAAUCAUUUCUCGUUUACAACAAGAAAAUAUACAAUUAAGAAUGUCUAAGGUCUCAACAAAAAAGGCGAAAGUUAAUUCAAAGCCAAAUAAAAAAGAAAGGAAACAAAAGAUGUCUUCUUUAGUAUCAUUUGAACAAAAUGAAACAUAUGUGAGAAAAACUCGUCAACAUAAGCCUAUUAAUUAUACUUUACCUAAUACGAAAUGUAAAUUACGUAAAGGAGAUCCCUUUACAUUUGGUAAUGAUAAAAAAAUGUAA